AUGUCCUUAUCAAAACCUACUUGGAAUCAUUUCGGUUCUCACCAGCCGUUCCCGGAAAAGCAGAAUCUCGCCAAUCUCUACCGGGACGCUCUUUCAUCUUCCAUCCUCACCCCUGCUUUCUCUCUCUCCGCCUUCUCACCCUUCACCAUGAAUGCCCUCUCCCCGGACGAGAUGGAGCGUUUCCAAAGGCUCUCCAACAACUACCAGCCAGAUGUCCAGGGUCCCCAUGUCUCAACGAAGCAGCCUAGCCACAACAUCGCCCUGGACUAUUCCAAUGCAGACCCGACUCUCGCAGCAAAGACCAAUGCGCUUGCGCUAUCCCACCCGGAAUGCCGUAUCAUGAGGGGGGACGGGAAUUGUGGUUGGAGGGCUGUGGCAUUUGGUUACUUCGAAACUCUGUUCGCCCUUCGUGACCCUAUUCGGAUUCAAGCGGAGCUUUCAAGGAUGAAGUCUUUGAAUGGGCUUAUGGAUCAGAUGGGUAUUGGUAAUCAUAUCUAUGAGAUCUUUGUUGACGAGACGGAGUCAAUUCUUAAGCAGAUCUUGGAUGCUAUUCAGGGCGGUGUCCAAGAUGAGUCUUUCCUGGUCGGUGCUUUCAAUGAGGGGUAUACCGCCGAUGCUAUCGUUACCCAUUUCCGAAUGUUGACUAGUGCUUGGAUGAAGCUUAAUCCGGGACGAUACCAGGCAUUCCUUCAUUUACCUGUUGAUCGAUACUGCGCUUCACGCGUCGACACCGUGAAAACCGAAAUCGACGAGGUGGGCCUGCAGGCGCUGAUCGAUGGUGUUAUCGAGGGUUCAGGCUUUGGUGUCGAGAUCCUUUACCUCGACCGCAGUGAGGGCGAUGUGGUGACGCCUCACCAAUUGUCCUCCAACUGCCCCAAUGGUGCCACAAUCCGUCUUCUCUACCGACCUGGCCACUAUGAUAUUCUCUACCAGGCGGAUUCAGCUUUGAACAUGGCACCCAUUGUCAACCUCCAAUACGGAUUGAGUUCCGAUUACACCACCUCCUGGGACAAUGCCACACUUGGAUUCGACAUGAAUUCUAGCUUGAUGGCUAUCCCCAAUCUCAUGCAGGACUCUUCCUUCGGAAUGGGCGCUCCCAUGUCUCCCAUGCCGUCGGCCUCGCCUGCUCCCCCAAGCCCUUUCCGCAUGUCCCCGCAACAGGACAUGUAUCAAUCGCCCAUGCAAUCGCAUGCUCCGAUAUCUCUCCCCGUCUCUCCCCCUCAUCCUCCCCCCACCGCCACCCUCCUCCGCCCCGCCACCCAUGACAUCGUUGCCCAGUCGAACCUCAGACGGUCCGCAGAUUCGACUGAAUCCCCUCGUGAUGAAACCAAACCUAAGUCGCUCGCUGCCUCUCACCCUACAAUCAAGCCCACUUCCAAAAUUCCGACUUCGAACCCAUUCACUGGGAACCGCACGGAAGAUGACUUGUUACGAUGA